AUGAAGGAUACAGAGGAACCAAAAGAAACGACAGAGAAUGAAAACUCCACAUUGGACAAGAGCGAUAUCAUCUUUACAAAUCCGGUGAGCAAAGGAGAUUUAAAGAGUUCGAGUGCUGACAGCGAUGAAUCUAUCAACAACAGCGGUGAUGAUCUGAUCAAGAAUACUGAAGGUUCAAGCACAAACGUAUCACCUGAAUUUACAAAGAGUACAGUAUCUAAAACAAUCAUUACAAAUGGAAUUGAUCAAUCAAUCACAGUUCCUACCAACUCUACUUCUAUUUCACCCAUCAUCAAUACUACAACAGCUGAUAUAAUCAACAACAACGGUGUUGAGAUUCCUAUUGAUAAUCAUAUGAAUGGUUUACAAAUAGCAAAUAGUAAUUCUAACAAUAAUAUCAUUAAUCAUACUAUAAUAGAGAGUCAACAAUCACUACACACAGAUAUAAAGAUACAAGAUAAUAAGUUGUAUAAUAAUGUUUCGAUUGUCACUCCCAUAAGUUCACCACCGGUAACACAGAUAGAGCUUGCCAAUACACCAAAGCUAUCAGAGAUUUCAGAGGAUCAAGAGACCUCUGAUGACAAACCAAAAUCAAUAGACAUACAGACAAGUGAAGAAGACGAAAAGAGAGCAGAGCAAGAGGCUAAAGAAAGAGGAAAGUUACAUUAUUUCAAAUAUUUAUUUAAAAAGAAUAAACACCGUUUAGAUAUUAAAGGAAAUAAACGGUUUUAUCUUGCAGCGCAAAUUAUUACAAGAAUUGGUUUCUUUUCAAAGUUUUUAAUGUAUGUAACAUUAGGAUGUAUUUCGAUAGCGGCAGCAGUUGACAAGACAAGACAACCUCUGGGACCUGCAGGUGCAUUUGAAGAGCUACAAGAGAUGUUUAGUGGUGGAGUUAGUUUUUUGUUAAUUAUUGGUCUCUGGUGUUAUGGCACAUGGGGAAUAUUCUUUGUAAUCUUUGAUAUAGAUCAGCUUGGAAGGAAAACAGCUGGUGCUAUAUUGAAGAGAUUUGGUCGUAUUUUUUCAUCUGGUUUCUAUUUUGUGCUUGGUGUAGAUGCCGCUCAAGUGUUGGCGCAUACCCGACACGGAGAAGACAAGUCUGGUACAGAACAAAUUCUAAUAUGGCUGUAUGCAAGUGUUGCUGGAAAAAUCUUGGUCUGUGUCAUUGGUGUGGUCAUGUUUGUAGUAUCAAUCGUUUAUUUGGUGUAUUUCAUUAAACCCGAUAAAUUUAAAAAAGAGUUGUCCACCGAAAGAAUGACCAAAGGUCUAUUCUAUACUUCUCUAGCAUUUGCAAGAAUCGGUGCAAUCGGUAGAAGUAUGUUCUUUGCUGCUUUUGGAUCAUGUUUAAUCAAAGCAGUAGCAGAUUUGAAUAAAGGUCGGGAUGCAGAUGCUUCAUUACUGGGUUUCCAAGGUGUAUUUAGAGCGAUUGCAAGAUUUAACUCAACCUUGUUGUUUAUUAUAGCAGCACUAAUUGUAAUCUACGCAUUCUGGUGUUUGUGGUUAGUUGCAUUUAGACGACUCCCGGCACAUCAAGAUGCCCAAGUUGCUCAGACUUCAUUAAGUUCAUUGGGUGCUGGUGGAAUGGUAUCUGGAAAUGUAUCGAAAUCCAUGUCGUUUGGUACCGGAAGUUCAAUCAAACAAGGUUCAAACAUGGUCAGUUGUGGUGGUGGAAGAGGUGGCAAGUCUGCUGGGGGAGGACUUUUAGGUGGAUUGCUUGGUGGUAGUGGUGGUGGAUUACUCGGUGGAUUGCUCGGUGGAGGUGGUAAUGGUGGUGGUAAUACAUUCCUUUCGGGUAGCAAUGAUGCUGGAUUCGGAUGUAACUGUGGAUGUUAA